UGCAAUUGAUGGGUCUUUCUUUCAAAAUUAACAAUAAUUUUUCUGCAGCUAAAUCUAAGCAAAAGAUAGCAACCACAACAAAAAUCAAAGAAUCUCAGACAAGAACAGAAGUGAAAUCGAAGAGCAAAUCUAGUUGGAGAAAAAUGUGGUUUAUUUAUGUGUGUGAGGAAGAAGAGAAGGAAUUGGGAAGACAACAAGCUUCAGGUUCUUGUCCUUAUUGUGGUGGAAAAGUUGAAGCUAUGGAUGUUGAGAUGCAAUGGAGGUUUUGCUUUUUGCCUAUGUGUUUUAAGAUUAAGAGAAAUUAUUUUUGUACUUCUUGUGCUAGACGUUUAGAAUUGAAGUACUAAUUAUUAAUUCAGACAUGUUCUUGUUUUUUCUUCAUCUUCAUUUUUUUUCCUUCCCUUUAUGUAUCUUUGUUUUUGUUUAAUUUUUUAUUGUUUGGUUCAAGUUUGU